AUGAUUCUCUUCGGACGUCUUGCGCCCUUGGCCAUCGCACUCUCACUCUUGACACCUCUCGUCAGUGCCCUAACUUAUCAUGGAGCCGAUUACUCUUCCUUGAUUAACCUCGAAAAGAGUGGUCGCACGUACAAAGACAGUGGCAGUACUGCCAAAUUCGACGCUAUCCUUGCUAAACACGGAACCAAUCUCGCACGAAUCCGUAUUUGGACCAGCUCCAGCGAUGCCAAUUACGAUCUGAAUUAUGGAAUACAACUGGCAAAAAGGGCAAAGGCGCUUGGGAUGAAGUUGUUAAUUGAUUUGCACUACAGCGACACUUGGGCCGACCCUGGUCAUCAAGCAAUCCCAUCUGGUUGGCCUACGGAUUUGAGCGGAUUGAACAGCAAGAUCUACACCUACACCAAAGAUCUCGUCUCCACUUUCUCAGCCCAAGGUGUCCCUAUUGACUUUAUCCAGAUUGGAAAUGAGAUCAACGAUGGCAUGUUAUGGCCUACAGGACGUAUCUCCGUUAAUGGCUACUCCCCCCUCUCUCAGCUCCUUCAUUCGGCAGCCAACGGUGUCCGAGAUGCCUCUUCAUCAGUCAAGAUCAUGGUUCACCUCGCUGACGGAUGGAAAGGUUCUGCCGUAUCCUCUUUUUAUCAGCAAAUUUUCCUCCCCGGUCAAUUCGCUACAUCUGACAUCGAUAUCAUGGGUUUCUCAAUGUACCCGUUUUACAAUACCGGCGCGACCCUCUCCGCCUUGAAAUCGUCUCUUACAAGUUUGAUCACCAAAUACAAUAAAGACAUCAUGAUCGUGGAAACUGACUGGGCCGUUUCUUGUCCUGGUGUAACAAUGAGCGAGCCUUCAAUUCCAAUCAGCACUGACGGGCAGACUUCAUGGGUAUCUAAAAUCCGAGAUGUAGUCGCUGGCCUUCCAGGUGGCCAUGGACUUGGCAUUGUGUACUGGGAACCGGGAUGGAUUGGCAACGCUAACUUGGGUUCAAGCUGUGCAAAUAUGAAUAUUCACCCACCACAGGACGCACUUCUAGUCGAUGGCUCUGGAAACACUCGUUCAUCCAUCACCAUGUUUUCUGCAGCCAUGUAAAAAGUUUUUUUUAAAAUUGUACACAAGCUAAUUGCUACACUUCGUUUACAUAAAUACUUA